UGAGGCGCCGGGAACGCCUUCUGGCAAACGGUGCCAGAUUCUGGAAUGCGUCCUCAAGGCCAAAAGCAGUAAAACAGAAAGAAGGAAGGGAAAAAAAAAAAAAAAAAAGAAGGGAUUUCUGGCUGAUUGCUGACGUCUCUGCUGCAGGGUUUGCCUGCUGGAGUGCAGCGUUCGGGAGGUGAGGACGGUGGUGGCGUCCGUCCUGGAGAAAACUCUGGAGAGCGCACUGCACUUCGGAGACCCGGGCCUGGACAGCCUGACCGACGCCUUGCUGUCGCUGCUGGACAAAGACGUUCCUGAGAACGUGAAAAACUGUGCCCAGUACUUCAACCUCUUCAGUAACUUUACCCAGAGGGGUUGCGGCCCCUGCCAGCUGCUGUUGAAGCACUCAGCCUACCGUCGGAUGCUCAUCUUCCUGUUGGGACCCAACAGGCAAAACAACCAGAACCGGCGGUGGAGUCCGGCUCAGGCCCGGGAGUUCCUCCACCUCCACAGCAGCCUGGCGCUCAUGACGCUGCACUCUGACCUCAGCCCCCAGCGGACCCUCGCUCCUGGGGGAUCCAAGCUGCCAGCGAGUAGCGUCCACUCCUCCGGCCCGCUCCUCCCACUGCACUCGGACAUUCUCGCCUCUCUCUUCACUCCGGAGGGACAGCCUUACCUUCUCGAGGUGAUGUUUGCGAUGCGCGAGCUGUCGGGGCCGCUGUCUCUUCUGAUAGAAAUGGUCACCUACUGCUCAUACUGCAAUGAGGGCUUUUCGCUGGGAGUGCUGCAGCUACUCAAGAGUCAGAUGGAGACGGCUCCGCCUCACGAGCUGAAGAACGUUUUCCAGAUGCUGCAGGAGAUACUGGUUGUUGAAGACCCUCUGCAGUCCCAGAGGCUCAAGUACGCCUUUGAGUCGGACAAUGGCCUGUUAGCUUUGAUGCACCAGAGCAACAAUGUGGACAGCAGGCGCUGCUACCAGUGUGUGAAGUUCCUGGUCACACUAGCUCAGAAGUGUCCUCCAGCCAAAGAUUACUUCAAAGAUUUGUCUGGCCACUGGAGCUGGGCCGUGCAGUGGUUGCAGAAAAAGAUGACUGAACAUUACUGGACUCCCCAGAGUAACGUCUCCAAUGAGACGUCCACCAAUAAAACCUUCCAGCGCACCAUUUCUGCACAGGACACCUUGGCCUACGCCACGGCAUUGUUAAACGAGAAGGAGCAGUCUGGCAGCAGCAACGGCUCCGACGGCAGCCCGGCGAAUGAAAACGCAGAGCGCAGCCUCCGACAGGGCUCAGAGUCUCCCAUGAUGCUCGGCGAUUCAAAGAGCGAUCUAGAAGACGUGGACUCUUAACUCCUCUGGCUGGCGGGAUGACUCCGGCGGCGGGGCGGCGUCACAGGCUCCAGGCGGCCGGGUCGGAACGGCCUGUGCUGUACCUCUGAUUGGACAGGACUCUCGGAACUCCACAGGAAGCCAAUCAGGACACUUUUAUCUCGGUCGCCAGGGCAACCAAGCAGCUGCAAAUAAAUCAUGAAUUACUUCCUGGCCAAGGCGACAAAUUAUCAUUAAAACGGGGCACCACAGCAAUCGAGUCGGGAAAAUCGCGCUCACGGAUAACUUCAGUUUAUCCUUUUUUUUUUUUUUCUUUUUUCUUUUUUUUUUAUAAAUUCACUCGUAAUGACGUGGAGUUGGAGGACGGGCUCGGGUGGUGUUUUAACGACGUUCUGCUCAUGUUUGCCAAUGUAUUUUUUUUUUAUUGUUUUUGCGACGGGCUUUACUCACGUUGUAAUUAAGAUUUUUUUUUUCCAUAUGUGUAAUUUUCAGUGUAAGAUAGUAUUUUAAAGUCUUCUCCUCCACAGCCAUGCAAAAUGAAGGAGGCGUCCGCUGGCGCUGCUCUAGAGCGCGCGCCCAGAGGAACUCACAGGCGCGCGCUUGUACAGAAACACCUCCACACUCACGAGCUCCUGGGAGGACGGGGCGGGUGGGGUUCAGUAUGCACUUUAUAGUCCAAGCCCAGGCUAUUGUGAUGUACAGCAGCACGGGUCAGUUCCUCCAGAGCCACUUAGCGCAAUUCUCUUCUUCUGCUUUUUUUUUUUUCUCGGUUUUAACAAUGUUUGCAGUGCCACUUACUCAAGCCGCUCUCCCUGUGACUGGACCUUUGACCCCGGAGCCACAGGGGACCCCUGUGCGUGUCAGGAUCAGGACAGAUCUCAAACUACCAGUGCCAUAGUCAGCACUCACCCCAACCCCUCACAUUUUGUAUUUUUCUCUGCCCGGGACAGGGAGCCUCAUGUGCCGAUUUUUAUUUAAAUUUUUUUUUUUUUUUUUUUCCAUCACUACGUUUUUCAUUUUUUCUUUUGGUUUUGGAUCUUCAGCCUUAUGCAACCUGAUCUGGACAGGCCACUGGUGCCGACUGAAGGGGAAGCUCAGGAGCACUUUUUUUUUAUUUUUUUAUGUUUUACUGUUUUUGCUUUCAGGUGCCAAUGGGUUACACAUCCACAAACACACACAUGCACAAGAAGAAUGACUCAUUCAGUUCGCUCACAUAUAUGCACAUCAGUCCUUUUCACUUCGUCGUUACCAAUGCUCUGGUGGCUUUCUUGUUUUGUUUUUCCUUUUGCUUUGCCUUUCUUCGUCUGUCUGCCUUUCUAAACACUCACAUGUAGCUUCUAGUGUUCACACUGCGUUACCUUCAUCCUCCACCUCCCCCAUCCCCCAAUCAUCGGGAGUCUUAAAGUGCCUUAUUCUCCCGAUGUACACGCCACCCUCACAUGCUCAGUCAACGCCUUGCUUCAUGCGCGUCUCCUGUAGGAGCGCUACAGGGCUCGCUUCAUCUCCACACCUGUCCCAGUCCGAACAGGGAAAGUUCACCUCUGUGUGUCGUGAUAAAGGAUAUUUGUGAAUGUAGCUGACGGAGGGGGGGGAGGAGGUGGUGUACACAGGGUUCCGGUGAUGGUAAAAAAAAAAAAAAAAAAAAAAGAAAAAAUUUAAAAAAAAAAUGCUGCUUCUUUUCACUCUGUUCCCAGGCAGUAGAAACUGGCGUAGUUUAGAGGAACACCUUUCCACUCAGCUAGCUUAGCAGGUCAGCUAUCAGCUUUAACAGGUCAAUGUUUACAGUGUGAGGACCCCACGGUAUGAGGCAGCCAGGCAAACUGACAUUUCUGUUGAACUCACCGAUGCUCCUCUGCGGCCUAAAAGGGGAGGAAAACGCAGCUCGCGCCCCCACCACCCCUCCCUCCUCUCGGUCUCAUUAGUUGUGAAUGUCACGGCGUGCUUCUCCGGCACGGUUUGCAUGUGUGGUGGUGAAAGUUUGUGCUUUUUUUUUUUUUUUUUUUUUUUCCCCCUCCUUCUUCAUCUUCAGCGUGACGGAACAAAAAAAUCAGCCCCCCGUGUUGUUUGCUGUGUGAUUCGGUAUCAUUAGCACUUAGUGGCACGAGCGAGGCCGCUCCGACUGCGCGGCUCGUUCGCGAGGAAGCUGCGUUUGCGGUAUUGUGCCAAGCGACAGCGUGGUCAUGGCAACGCGGGCUGCGCCCUGCUGAGGAGUGAGUCUCGGGCCUCCUCUACACCAACACAACUAUUUAAAGACAGGGCAGGUGGUUUGGAGACAAAGUCUUUUGUUUUAUUGUGGGGAUGCAGGGAGGGACGAGCAAGUGCGUGGGGUUGGGACUUGGCAUCCAUACGGGUUUUUUACUGUGUUUUCGAUUUUGAGAGAGUUCACUUCCGACAACGCAGCAAUCUGUAACGCAUGUUAAAACUCGAUUUUAAUUUGUACAUCAGAGUUUGAUUAAGGGGAAAUUUGAUAUAAAAUAAACUGGAAUGCACAACCUUU